AUGUAUAAUCUUCAAGAUUUAACAUUAUAUAUUCAAAUCAAAGAACGAAAUAGACUUGUUGAUGGUAUUCAACUUGAAAAUGAUAUUCUUAUUCAUUUGUCAAAACUUCAAAGAUUCGUUUUUUAUAUCUGUACUUUUACUAGUGUCAAUCAUCCUGUUACUCUUUUAUCAAAUGAUGAUAUUCAACGAACUUUUUCUAAUGUAAAAUUUGGACAAAUUGGUUGUAGUAUGAAUUAUAUCGAUGAAUCUGAUAUCAGAUAUCAUGUUUUCUCACUUCCGUUUAUAUUUGAUUGUAUAGGAUAUAUUGGUAAUAGCUUUACGAAUACGAUAUUCAACAAUGUUACUCUUUUAUGCAUAUAUGAUGGGAUUCCAUUCGAACAUGAAUUUUUUGUUCGGCUAGCUCGAUGUUUUCCAUUAUUGAAAUCUUUGUUUAUUAUAAAUUGGAAAGCACAAUCAAGAGAUUCACCUGAAUCUGAACAUGACAAUACUAAUGGAUCAUUUGAAGUUGUCCAAUAUCUUCAUCUCACAUCACUCCACCUUCCCCGUACACAUAUUGAUUAUGUUGACCAAAUGUUAAAUGAAUCAAAAACACGUUUACCUUGUCUGACAGAAUUAUGGAUUCAUUAUGAUCAAUUAAAAACUGUAACAAAUAAUUUUACAAGAGAUGCAACGAGACUUAAUUGUAUCAAUGUGAAAGAAUUACAUUCUGAUUGUCCUAUCAAUCAUGACGACAAUAGCGAUGAUGACUCGAUAAAAGCACAAUCAAAAGAUUUUCAUCUUUAUUUUCCUUUGUUGAAACUUUAA